GUUGUGUACUAGUAGUGGUCUAGUAGUAGUAGUAGUCACUCGUCCUGCCUGUUUCCUUCAUCCUUCCCACCCCCGCCACCCACCUUGAAUUUCCUCCCCGCACGUCACCACCAUCUCCUCCUCCUGGGGAUUCUCUUUUCCUUUGGCCAAUUUUUUCCUCUUUUCUCUCUUCCUUUACUUCUUUACUUUCCCCUCUACAUUUCUAUCCUCACCCCCUAAAUCUCCCCCAAGUGACGCGAGUUCAAGUAGCUCAUCGUCGACUUCUCUUGGUUUCUAGCUUGUUGGAGCUUCCUCCGCACCCGCUUUCUAGCACUUACACAGCUACACAGCUCUACAGUGCACAAUGGCGAGUGAAGACAACGGUCAAGAUCCUCCCAAGCGAGAUGUUCGCAACCAUCUGCUCUUUGAGAUUGCAACAGAGGUUGCCAAUCGCGUGGGAGGUAUCUAUUCCGUCCUCAAGUCCAAAGCUCCAGUUACCACCGCCGAGUAUGGGGAAAGAUACACGCUGAUCGGCCCGCUCAAUCGGGCCUCUGCAGCUGUGGAGGUCGAGGAGCUGACUCCCUCGAACCCGCGACUGAUUGAGACCAUCCAGUCCAUGAAAGAGCGUGGUAUUGAGAUUGUCUAUGGCCGUUGGCUGAUUGAAGGUGCGCCCCGUGUGCUUCUCAUCGACACUUCAACCGGAUACAAGUACUUGGACGAGUGGAAAGGCGAUCUGUGGAACACCGCUGGUAUUCCCUCUCCUGCGGGAGAUACAGAGACGAAUGAGACCAUUGUGUUUGGUUACCUGGUGGCCUGGUUCCUCGGUGAAUUCAUUGCACACGAGCGCAAGAAAGCAGUCGUGGCGCAUUUCCACGAGUGGCUUGCGGGCGUUGCUCUUCCCCUGACAAAGCGGCGCCAUAUGGACCUCACCACGAUUUUCACCACUCACGCUACACUGCUCGGUCGCUACCUAUGCGCAGGCUCGGUAGACUUCUACAACAACCUGCAGCACUUUGACGUGGAUGCAGAGGCGGGCAAGCGCGGCAUCUACCAUCGAUACUGUAUCGAGCGAGCUGCUGCGCACACAGCCGAUGUCUUCACAACCGUUUCGCACAUCACUGCUUUUGAAAGUGAGCACUUGCUCAAGCGGAAGCCGGAUGGGGUGCUACCAAACGGCUUGAAUGUAAAGAAGUUCUCAGCGGUGCACGAGUUUCAGAACCUGCACUCGCAGUCAAAGGAGAAGAUCAACGACUUUGUUCGGGGCCAUUUUUACGGGCACAACGACUUCGAUCUAGACAACACUCUGUAUGUGUUUACCGCUGGUCGUUAUGAGUUCCGCAACAAAGGUGUGGAUAUGUUCAUCGAGAGCUUGGCACGUCUCAACCACCGCCUGAAAUCCAGUGGAUCGAAGACAACAGUCGUUGCGUUCAUCAUCAUGCCUGCCCAGACCUCCUCACUUACUGUGGAGUCGCUGAAAGGCCAAGCUGUCGUGAAGUCGCUUCGAGAGACAAUCCACAACAUUGAGCAGGGCAUUGGAAAGCGUAUGUAUGAGCGUUCCUUGGCAUGGAAGGAGGGUGACAACAUGCCGGAUGAGAAGGACUUGAUCACUAGCCAAGAUCGCGUCCUGCUGCGCCGUCGGUUGUUUGCCAUGAAACGCCACGGCCUGCCACCUAUUGUUACCCACAACAUGGUCAACGACCAUGAAGACCCAAUUCUGAACCAGAUCCGUCGGGUGCAAUUAUUUAACCACUCCUCGGACCGGGUUAAAGUGGUCUUCCACCCCGAGUUUUUGAACUCAUCGAACCCAGUGCUUCCGCUUGACUAUGAUGACUUUGUGCGCGGCACCCACCUUGGAGUUUUCCCGUCUUACUAUGAGCCGUGGGGAUACACUCCAGCCGAGUGUACCGUGAUGGGAGUCCCUAGCAUCACCACCAACCUUUCUGGUUUCGGCUGCUACAUGGAGGAAUUGAUUGAGAACUCGUCCGAUUAUGGUAUCUAUAUCGUGGACCGUCGGAUGAAAGGGGUGGAUGACUCUGUGAAUCAGCUUACAGACUUUAUGUUCAACUUCACUCAGAAGAGCCGGCGGCAACGGAUCAACCAGAGGAACCGGACCGAGAGACUGAGCGAUCUUUUGGACUGGAAGCGGAUGGGACUGGAAUAUGUCAAAGCCCGACAACUUGCUUUGCGCAGAGCGUACCCUUCGUCAUUUGGAAACGGUGAUGACGUUUACGAUAUCAUCGGAGGCACAGAGCAGAAGAUCUCGCGCCCUCUAUCUGUUCCCGGUUCUCCCAGAGAUCGUUCCGGCAUGAUGACGCCUGGGGAUUUUGCCUCGCUUCAGGAGGUGAAGGAAGGGCUCAGCACGGAGGACUACGUCGCCUGGCGACUCCCGACCAGCGAGGAAGAAGAGCCAGAUGACCACUACUUCCCUCUCACCCUCAGAACGAAGAAAGCUGGCGACCGGCCUGCCUCCCCCCUCGACCGGCUUUCGGUGAACGGUGAUGCAUGAUUGACUGUCCAUACGAUACCAACAGACCCAAAUUCCUUACCUCUUGAUGUGAAGCCUAUUGUUAUGUAGUUGUUGCAUUUUCUGCGGUUCUUUUGUUCGUCCAAGCAUGCUUGCAGUUUUGACUUACGUCGACUUUUCCCAAUUUGUAGUCCUGGUAAAGCGAAUCGUUACAUUGCCGCGUGAGAUUACAGUCUUGCCUGUCCGUACGGUCUGGUGUCUCCAGCUUGGUUCUUUAGUCCCUUAUCUGAUAUUGAUUAGUUCCCUUUUCCGUUAUGCCUCUUGUACAUUUCCCCCCACUCACAGAUUGAACAUGGGAUACUCGAAUGCUUGAACCACUUUGUGUAUAGCAGGUUUCUGUAAUAUAAUCUGGUGCUAGCCAUGCAGGUGGGCUUGUCCACUGAGCGUACAAGUAAG